GAUCAAAUAAAGAUAUAUUUAUUAUUAAAGGUUACAAGGAUGCCUUUAAAGAUCUUUUUAUCUGACAAAUUUUGCAUUUGUUUAUUAUUUUCUUAAUCGCCGCAACUUGAAAGCCGUUUUAUAGCUUUCAAAAGAUGUUCUAUCAUAUUUCCUUAGAACAUGAAAUUCUUCUCCAUCCCCGUUAUUUUGGACCUCAACUUUUGGAAACAGUGAAGCAGAAACUUUUUACUGAAGUUGAAGGAACGUGCACAGGAAAACAUGGUUUUGUCAUUGCGGUCACUACAAUUGAUAACAUAGGAGCAGGCUUUAUCCAACCAGGACGUGGUUUCGUGGUUUAUCCAGUCAAAUACAAAGCUAUUGUUUUUCGCCCUUUUAAAGGAGAAGUUCUUGAUGCUGUUGUAACUCAAGUGAAUAAGGUUGGACUUUUUACUGAAAUUGGACCAUUAUCUUGUUUUAUAUCCAGACAUUCUAUACCAUCUGAUAUGCAGUUUGAUCCAAAUUCAAACCCUCCUUGUUAUCGUACAGAUGAUGAGGAAGUUGUAAUUCAGCAAGAUGAUGAGAUACGGCUAAAAAUUGUUGGCACGCGAGUUGAUGCCACUGAUAUUUUUGCCAUAGGUACUCUCAUGGAUGAUUAUUUGGGUUUAAAUUGACACUGCUGGUGGUAUACUGCCAUGUUUUUAUCUGUAUAUUUGUUUCCUACCAAAUUCUGUAAAUAAAAUACUUUUACACCUA